AUGGCAGGAGCUUCUGCUAAAAGAAUAGCACAAGAAAACACGAAAAUCUUAAAAAACCUUAAACACGGUUUUCUUUUAGCAAACGCAGUCUAUUUCUUCUUUCGAAUCAUAUAUCAUAAUAAUACCUUUACUUUAUGGAUCGCAAUAAAAUAUUUCGUCACCUUGGCGAUCUCAUUAUUCCUUUGGCAACAAUUGCGUACACAUGGUUUACCACGAUAUAGCACAUAUGAUGGAUCAGUCGAAUGGUCCGGUGAAGAUUUAAAUUCUGAGGGAUUGAUCGCCAUGUUCUGGGAAGCGGCUUGGUGGAUAUAUUUAGUGAUUCCAGCAUAUGCAUCAUACAAACUAUGGGCAAGCUUUAUACAACCUUACUUGUUCUCAUCAUCGAGUGAAAAUAAUGAUUAUUCUCAAAGUAAACGCCAACAAAAGAAAACAUUACGUCAAGAAUCUGGGAAAGGCGGAGGUGCGAAGUCAAAAAUCAAAUAUCGAUGA